GUGGAGAGCUCUACGAGCUGCUGUGUUGUUUUGCCUCGGCUCCAUUUGCUACGCGCUGCUAGGGAUUCUAUCCCAGCUGUCGAAGUCCGACGACGGCUCGUAUGCUUAUUCUUUGCCCAGCGUCGUUCUCCUUGCCGAAUUCACGAAGCUGUGGAUCAGUCUGGGCUUCUUGACUGUCGACAAGGGGUCCUUCACAGAGGCAUUGUCCGAUGUGACCGGGACGUCGGUGAAGUCGUGGCUGGUCUUUGCCCUUCCCUCCGUGCUUUACUCGCUGAACAACAACCUGGACAUGCUGAACAACCAGCAUAUGGAUCCAGCCACAGAGCAGGUCCUAGUACAGGCCAAAAUACUCACGACCGGGGUCGUCUGGUGGUGGGUGUUCGGUCGCGAGAUGGGAGCGAGGAAGUGGUGCGGACUGCUUCUGCUCUUCGUGGGUGCGGUGUCUGCGGGCUGGCCACAAGAAGCCCCCGCGGAGGGGAAGAGGAUGCACAUCGACUCCUUCGGCGUGUUUCUGAUUCUGAUCUAUGUUUGGGUCUCCGCGUCCGCAGGAGUCUACAAUGAAUGGCUUUACAAGAAUUUCAGCAAAGACGAAAAUAUUCACUCGUGCAAUGUACGACUCUACAUUAUCGGCUGUGCAGUCAAUCUGUCGGCCCAUCUUUCUCGGGAACCAAGUGCAGCCGGGCUUUUACCCUUCUGGAAACUCAUUAAAAGUAACCCUCCUGAACCCUUGUAA